CGGCUUCAGGAAGACAAGCAAAUUUCAAGUUGGCCGCGACUUGAGCUCCGCGUGGGGGAGGGGCAGCAGAUUUUUCUCACUGGAUCUCUGAAUACCCAGGCCCCCUCCACCAUGGCCAGCCGGGGUGGGGGCCGGGGUCGUGGCCGGGGCCAGUUGACCUUCAACAUGGAAGCCGUGGGCAUUGGGAAAGGGGAUGCUUUGCCUCCACCAACCCUGCAGCCUUCUCCACUCUUCCCUCCCUUGGAGUUCCGCCCAGUGCCUCUACCCUCAGGAGAGGAAGGGGAAUAUGUCCUGGCACUGAAGCAGGAGCUACGAGGAGCCAUGAGGCAGCUCCCCUACUUCAUCCGGCCUGCUGUCCCCAAGAGAGAUGUGGAACGUUACUCAGACAAAUAUCAGAUGUCAGGGCCAAUUGACAAUGCCAUCGAUUGGAACCCUGACUGGCGGCGUCUACCCCGGGAGCUAAAGAUCAGAGUGCGGAAGCUGCAGAAGGAGCGGAUCACCAUUCUACUCCCCAAGAGGCCUCCUAAGACCUCAGAAGAUAAGGAGGAAACAAUACAGAAACUAGAGACCCUGGAGAAGAAGGAGGAAGAAGUGACUUCAGAGGAAGAUGAGGAGAAAGAAGAAGAAGAAGAGAAGGAAGAGGAGGAAGAAGAGGAGUAUGAUGAAGAAGAACAUGAAGAGGAAACUGAUUACAUCAUGUCAUAUUUUGACAAUGGAGAGGACUUUGGGGGUGACAGUGAUGACAAUAUGGAUGAGGCUAUAUACUGAAGAAAAAACCUAAACAGCUCCUUGGACCCUCAUAUCUUUCUUGAUUUGGGGAUGCAGAGAGUAACCGACCCUAUUAUACAGUUUUGUGGACAAGCAGAUCAUUUGGUCAGAGCUCAGGUAACCUGUUUGCUCACUCGAGACAGGAGUAGAGAAUGAUGACAGCUAGCUUCUUUUCUACCCUUCCCUUCCUUCCACCCUUGUAUGGCCCCUGGUAAUCCUGGGGAAAGUGCAAAGGACAAAUGUCUUAACUGUAUGAAGGGAGAAAAGAGAAUUGAAAGAAGAACUGGAAGUGUAAGAGCUGAGACAGCGGUACAUAUGUCCCUACCCAACUUUUACAGGUCUUUCUGGAGAUAAUUGGGGGUGGGAGCAGUUAGGAGGAGUAAGUCCAGUUUUAUAUUUUUAAAUAAAGUGAUUUUAUCUGACUCUA